AUGGUAGACCAACACCAAUUGGAGGUGAAACCGCAGGCGGUGGUCAGGGUGACUAAUCUGCCGAAUAACCCGGCGGUGGUGCGCACACGAGUGCCUGGGUCGGAGGAUGUCGGCCGCUUGGUUUCCAUGACUGGUACGGUGAUUCGCACAGGAAUGGUGAAGAUGAUGGAAACACACCGGGCGUUUACUUGCGCCAAGUGCCGCGGUUGCUUCAAUGUGGCUGCGGAAGUCGAACAAUAUGGGUAUAUUCCACGACCCACACGAUGCUUGGCUGCCGGCGAGGACUACUGCAAUUCAGCGGAUUUCAUACCAGCAUCCUCGGAGCAACAGCAGCAGGGGUGUGUGGAUUACCAGGAGAUCAAAGUACAGGAGCAGGUGGGUCGCCUGGCAUUGGGCACCAUUCCACGCGCAAUCGUGACUAUUCUCGAGGGCGACCUUGUGGAUAAAGCAAAGUCUGGCGACUCUGUGACAGUGACCGGCACAGUGCUUCUGCGAUGGCGAGCGACCACCGUGGGCGAGCGACCAGACGUUGCCCUGGCGCUGCGCGCGUCCAGCGUCCUCGUGCACAGCAGCGACCAGCACUCCUCCGCAGCCACCCUGCAGGAUGAUAAUGGCGCGGAGUUCCGCCACUUCUGGGCAUCGCAUGCAUUGGCGCCGAUGCGCGGCCGCGACCACGUAGUGGCGGCCAUGUGUCCUGGCGUCUAUGGCCUGUACUACGUUAAAUUGGCGGUGCUCCUGGUGCUCCUGGGUGGGGUCAUGCGCGAGGAUGCCCAGGGCAUGCGGGUACGCGGUGACAUGCAUUUGCUGCUGGUGGGCGACCCCGGCACGGCCAAAUCCCAGUUUCUCAAAUUUGCUGCGCGCCUCGUGCCCCGCUCCGUGCUGACCACCGGUGUGGGGUCGACGGCCGCCGGACUGACGGUGACGGCGGUGCGCGAUGGCGCCGAGUGGCAGCUUGAGGCCGGCGCCCUGGUGCUGGCGGACCGCGGAAUCUGCUGCAUCGACGAGUUUGGCAGCGUGAGGCAGGCGGAAAAGGCGACGAUUCUGGAGGCCAUGGAGCAGCAGAGCAUUUCGGUGGCGAAGGCUGGGAUCGUGUGCAAGCUGAAUGCCCGGUGCUCGGUGUUGGCGGCGAUGAAUCCGCGCGGCAAAUACGACCCCCAUCAGGAUUUGACCGUUAAUACGGCCUUGUCGUCGCCGCUGCUUAGUCGGUUUGACCUCAUUAUGGUGCUGCUGGAUACGCAGGACGACGAGUGGGAUGCGCGCAUUGCGGAUUUUCUUCUGGGCGGGCCCACCACCAAUGCAGCCAAUGAUGGUGCUGACGACACUGGAGUGUGGGGUUUUGACCGGCUGCAGGCAUAUGUGGCCCUGGUGAAGACGCGAAUCCACCCGACAGCCACCGGCCCCAGUGAGCAGGUGCUGACCCGGUACUACCAGCUGCAGAGACAGCGGGACUCGGCCAAUACCGCGCGCACCACCAUCAGGCUGCUCGAGAGCCUGAUUCGCCUGGCGCAGGCUCAUGCCCGCUUGAUGUUUCGCAGCAGUCUGCGGGUUUGUGACGCCGUCAUGGCGGUUGUGCUGAUGGAGUCCACGAUGCUGUCGGCAUCCGUGCUAGCGCCAACCGACGCCCUGCAUUCGCCGUUCCCUGAGGACCCUGAUGCUGCCUAUGCGCUGCUGGAAAAGCAGGUCCUGGCUCAGCUGAAUCUCGACGGGCUAGCUGACUAG